AUGCAUUUCACGGCAAUAACAUGGGUCAAAGCAACCGUAUUUAAUUUAUUCGUAUUUAUAGACGGUUACCUAAGCUUUAUUGACCUCAUCUCAUAUUCGUUAAAUUGGCAGCGUAUAAACGGACCAAUCAAAUCGCUCAUAAAAAUGUUAGGCCAACCAACGCUCAUCCAUUAACUUCCAGCAGCUCAAGUUACGUAGAACCAUCACCUCACUGAGAGCUCCUUAAUCUUAAAAAAAUCAUUCAUCACCGCUUCUUCUUCUUCUUGAUCCUUCGUUUUUUGAACUUGGACUUAUCAACAUCACUCACUAAAAAAGUCAUCGCUAUUGCUGUAUCUUUGUCGUAUCUUUCUCGCCACCAUGUCUUCGACUGACCCCACUAACCCCUCGAUUGACGAUGAGCUUCAUCUUGAGGGUGAGCCUGCUCCUGAGCUCCUCGAGGGGCGCAUCUGGGUCGACGGCUGCUUUGACUUCUUCCACCACGGCCACGCUGGCGCUAUUGUGCAGGCCCGCCAAUUAGGCGAUGAGCUCUACGCUGGCGUUCACUCAGACGAGGCCAUCCUCGCUAACAAGGGCCCUACAGUCAUGAACCUCGCGGAACGGCUCGCUGCUACUGACGCUUGUCGCUGGGUCACCCGUUCAGUCGGCCACGCACCCUACGUGACUUCUCUCCCCUACAUCUCCCACUACGGUUGCAAAUACGUCGUGCACGGCGACGACAUCACCUCGGACAGCGAUGGUAACGACUGCUACCGAUUUGUCAAGGAGGCUGGUCGAUUCAAGGUGGUUAAGCGCUCACCUGGUAUCUCCACCACCGAUCUCGUCGGGCGCAUGCUUCUCUGCACAAAGACGCACUUCAUCAAAUCUCUCGAGAAGAAACUCGCCGGUGAAGAGGGCCACGGCACACCGGAGGAGCGCAUCGUUGAAGGACAGCAAAUGCUGGAGCGCAUGAAGCUGUAUGCGACAGAUGCUUCGGGCAAAGCACCCGGCGCCGAGGUGUUCUUCUGGAAGGCGUCGCAGGUCGCUAAGGCGGAGGAGGGUGAGGAGGAAAGGGGCAGUUUCCGGCAGCUUAUUGAGGGACCCGGACCUAAGCCCGGCCAGCGCGUUGUUUAUGUUGAUGGAGGAUAUGAUCUCUUCUCCAGUGGACACAUCGAAUUCCUGCGCCAAGUCCUCCUCGAGGAAGAAAAGCUCGCUCGUGAAGAUGGUUGGUUCUCCGAACAAGCCGUAAAUGAGCGUCUCGGCAAGGGUGAAGAUUAUCCCCCCGCGUACGUCGUAGUAGGCGUGCACGAGGACGAGGUCAUCAAUCAGUGGAAGGGAAUCAACUACCCCAUCAUGAACACCUUCGAGCGCGGUCUCUGCGUUCUGCAGUGCAAGUACAUCAACGCCGUCAUCUUCGGCGCACCCUUCUCUCCCACAAAGACCUACCUCAACACCCUACCGCGCGGCACCCCAGACGCCGUGUACCACGGCCCAACAUCCUUCAUGCCCCUGACAUACGAUCCGUACACGGCACCCAAAGCGAUGGGGAUCUACCGCGAGAUCGGCGCGCACACGUUCGCGCACGUCAACGCCGGUGAGAUCGUGCAGAGGAUCAUGAAGUCGAGGGACAUGUACGAGGCGCGCCAGCGGGCAAAGGGCGAGAAGGCGAGUGUUGAGGCGGCGGCGCGCGAGAGGGAGAUUCUGGAGGAGGAGCAGCGGAAGAAGGAGGCUGAAAGGGCGUAGGGCGUGGAUGUCGUGAUGGUGUGAAAGAAAAAAUAGGUCCGGUAAUGUGCGGUAAACAAGGUCCUUUCAACAGGGAAUCCUAAGAGACGGGCGGAUAAAAAAUUAUAGUAUAGAGUAAUCAUGAUACCUAGAAAUGACGAGUUUCUGCAAGUCUACUGUGAUCAUACCCUUGUUAUCGUACCUUUUUACACUAACAUCUCGAUACAAUGGCACGAAAUCUCCACGUCAC